AUGGGAGGCAGACAGAUCAGACCCGCAAGGGUCUUCCAGACUGUGACGGAGGAGCUCAACCACAACACCCUCGGCAACAAGUCGAUCCCUAAGCCGCCAUGGUACGACAUCAUGCAAAAAAUACCUCCCGCUGAAACCCUCGUCCGAAAUGUCGCCAUCAAUCACACACGGCGCCAACCCAAACUCACCAAGCCCAAGAACAUCUUCCGACCCAAACCCAUAAUAUACAAGGAGGACAGACUACGGUCUACCUUCUAUCGAGACCAUCCUUGGGAGCUUGCGAGACCCCGUGUUAUCCUCGAGUCGGACGGAAAGGAUUACCAGCACUGCGAUUGUGUUGUCCAAUACCAGCUGUGGUUAAUGGAGAACGGGGAAGACUGGACCACUAAAUCGGCCUACGAUUAUGUUCGCCACCAAUUUUAUCGUCUGCGUCAAGAAGAGCAGAUCGAGAAGCGAGUGGCCCAGGAGGAAGCCAGAUAUGUAGGCGCUUACUUUGGCCAAACCCGCGUCGAUGUUUCCCACGGUCUCGAAGAUCGCGAGUUCGAGAACUGGAAGAUCUGGGCCGGAAAGGAGACGGAGCGACAGGAGCAGAACCGUAAUGGUGACAUUGAGGACUUUGGUUUGGAAGAGGAGCCGGAAGUGGACAUCGAAGACACAGAGGCAACGCCUGAGGCCAAGGCCGAGGCUGCAGAGGGCAAGAAGUCCCCUUGA